GGUUUGUCUGGUAUAUUUUUCCCCUGCACACACCUAACCUGGGUCUCCCUGGAUUUCACACUCUCUCUGCUUCCACUGACAGCGGCUCCCAAAGCUGUGGACCAGCAGGGUUACCUGGGAGCCUUUUUAAUGUACGAAUUCCCAGACUCCACUGGCAGAUUCUGAUCCAGGAAGUCUAGGAUGAGGCCUGGAAAUCUCUAUUUCUUAAAGGUCUCCCAGGUGAUUCAGAUGUACACCCAGGUUUGGAAACUGCUGCCCAGUGAAAAGACUACCUGCAGUCCCUCCCAUCUCCCAACUCUCUGCCUACCAGUACUCUCUGCCUCUGUGUCAUUUGUGAGCUCUUAAAACCCUCCACCUCCAGGCAGCCUUCCUGGAUUGAAUCCUGUCUGAUCAUGAGUUACUUACGACUCUCCUCAGCCCUUCCCACCCUUGAAAUGUGCCUAUGCAUUCCAUUCAUGCAUUAACUUGGCAUUUCCAUUCUGUCACCCUGAUAUCUGAGUCUUGGGCCCUUGCUGACUAAACAGUUUCUGUACUAGGUCUGGCCUAAUUGCCUUAUGAUUAUUUGAGGGCAAAAAGACAGUGAGUAUUGCAGGGAUGAAACACCCGUGACCUGGGCUCAAGCCUCUGUUCUGCCAGGGUGUGACCUGGUCAGCUUGCCUUCCCUCUUCGUGCCUCAGUUUCCUCAUUUGUGAAAGAGGGGUGGAUAGGUCAUGUCUUGGACCCUUCCCUUCAGGCUCUGACACUCUUUCUUCCCCUUCUGCGCUCCACAGCUGAGGAAGUAGAACUCCAGGGACACUCCUGAAACUUUGUCCUCAAUCCCUGGACCGGAGGGUCCUCCAGCUCGCCCUCCUCGUUCUCCCUUCCUGAGGGCAGCCAUGGCCCUGAGCGAUGUCGAUGUACAGAAGCAGAUUAAGCAUAUGAUGGCUUUCAUUGAACAGGAAGCCAAUGAGAAGGCGGAAGAAAUAGAUGCCAAGGCUGAGGAAGAGUUCAACAUCGAGAAAGGACGGCUCGUGCAGACCCAGCGACUGAAGAUUAUGGAGUAUUACGAGAAGAAGGAGAAGCAGAUAGAACAGCAGAAGAAAAUCCAGAUGUCCACCGUGAGGAAUCAGGCGAGGCUGAAGGUCCUGAGAGCCCGCGAUGACCUCAUCUCGGACUUGCUGAACGACGCCAGGCAGAGACUCAGCAGGAUUGUGGCGGAUCCGGCCAUCUACCAGGAGCUGCUGGAUAAAUUGCUGCUUCAAAGCCUGUUGCGACUGCUGGAGCCCCGGGUGCUGGUGCGCUGCAGGCCACAGGACGUCCUUCUGCUAGAGUCCGGCAUGCAAAGAGCCAUCCCAGAUUACAUGGCGGUCUCCCAAAAAGGUGUGGAAGUCCACGUAGACCAAGAGGUGUCCCUGCCUGCAAACUCAGCUGGAGGCCUGGAGGUCUACAGCGGCAAUCAGAAAAUCAAGGUCUCCAACACCCUGGAGAGUCGGCUGGAUCUCUUAGCCCAGCAAAGGAUGCCAGAAAUACGAAAGGCCUUGUUUGGAGCUAAUGCUAACAGGAAGUUUUUUACAUAAGCCCCUGAGAAGUGCAGCUCACAGUGAAGUGCCAAACCAUGAAAGUAUAAGUUAUUUGGGCAAAGGAAACUAGUAGUCUCCACCACUUCUUUUAUGUCCUAAUGUUGUUCUCUCUUCCUUCACAAAACGCCCUUUGUGUAG